AAUGAACUCCAUAAAUUAAAAUGCAUGAAGACUCUUUUUGGGUUUUAUAUUUAUGACCUUUCUUGGUAUGUCAUUUUCUAUUCCUUCGAAACUAUGGUAUCUGCUUCUUCUAGAGAGAUGAUAAGAGCAGGAUCAGUGGGAACAAGAGCGACAUAUGACGAGCCAUAUGAUUCUGAUGGUGAGGAGACAGCUGACACUGAAUGGGACGACAAGGGACGGACCAUGAUCUCUUACAUUUACGUCUCUUUUGAUAGAAUCAUAAGAUCUAUUCAGUUUGGCUACUAUGAAAAUGAAGCUCUAGUCCUGUCUGAAAAGUAUGGUUCCUCUGACGAUCAUUAUACUAACCUUUCAAAUGAGUUUGUGGCGGUGAAACUGGGUAAAGAUGAAUAUGUGACUGGAUUGAGUGGAGAAUUGGGAUUGUGUGAAGGAAUCAGAAACUUGACGUUUCACACUAACCUUGGGAAGCACGGACCCAUUGGAAAGUUCGAGUAUAAUAACUACACAAGUGGCUCCAAUGUCAUUGAUCCAGAGAUACGUGAUCGACGUGGGUUUGGUGGUUUCUAUGGGUCUUACAAUUCAAACGGUCUAUCAUCUAUUGGUAUCUAUGUGAGUCCUACUGCAAGUUCCGAGACAGUGGUUGAAAGUGAAAACAUUUGA